UGCCCACCCUGAGCAGCAUGUCCCCCCUCAUUCAGACUCGGACCCCCAUCCCAUACUGAGCUCCCGCUAUUCUCACCAUUGUGGCUGGAAGAUGAGGACAGUGCUGCGGGACAACAUGGUGACUGCGGGCAAGGUCAGACAGCGCACGGUACGCAUGCGCAGGACGCGGGGACUCGGACGCGGGACAUCGGCGGAGAGCUCGCGAGAACUCGACCAGUUACGUGAUGGCCGCCAUAUUAGAUCCGGGCAAAACCUGACCUGAGUUGGAGAGUUUCGCCAGUUCACACCAUAGACAUAAAAUACCUAGACGCUGCAUUAUGUGCUGAGCGGCGAGGAACGCGGGCACCAUCUUGGACCGGUCGCCGCUCUACUGAAGCUAUUGAAGAGCCCUUAGUAAACCCAUAUCACAAAAGGCAAGUGAAGGACUUGGGACACUUAAUACCCCUACCCCAUGUCAUUAAUACCCCUAGUCCUUAAUACCCCUACCCCAGUCUAUCCCAGCACACAUAGUCAUUAAUACCCCAUACCCCAGCACACUAUGUGUAUUAACACUAUGUGUGAUGGGGUAGGGGUACUAAGGGGUAGGAGUAUUCAGUGCCAGGGAUAUUCAGUGCCCCAAGUCCUUCACUUGCCUUUUGUGAGAUGGACUUUCUAAGGGCUCUUCAAUAGCUUCAGUAGAGCGACGACCGGUCCAAGAUGGCUGCUGCGUUCCUCGCCGCUCAGCAUCUAAUUCCAUAGACGUCGCCUAGGCACCGUGUGACCAUCACCAUUUAGUUAAAAAAUUAUCCAUGUAUCCAAGUAUCCCUUUGUUAUACCCUUGUGUCCCUCUUUUCUGUGUGCUCCAUAUUGUUGGUGUGUCUAUGAGAAGCCUCAGAGGACGUUUGAUGUGUUCAGGCAAUGCGUGACGAUAUUGAACGUCACAGAGCCGAGUCUGUGAGCUGUCUUGAGUGACUCGUGUUUACUAACUCACUUUCUCAAUACCAACUCCCUCAUUGACGUUCCCCAGUCUUGCUUUUGCUCCCUCCAUUCUUCUGAAACUGCCCCUACGAAACGGACCAACGACUUAAUCUCUGCUAAAUCUAAAGGUUAUUACUCGAUUUUACUUUCUUCUCAACCUCUCUGCUGCCUUCAAACCGUCCACAAUCUUGGACCCUGAGACACUGUACGUUCCUGGUUUACAUCCUAUCUUCCUGAAUGUUCAUUUAGUGUCUCCUUCUCUGGUGCCACCUCUUCCCCAUUGCCUGUCUCAGUUGGUGUUCCCCAAGGCUCUGUUCUUGGUCCUCUUUCGUUCUCCAUUUACUCUGCCUCUGUUGGUGAUCUUAUUAACUCUUUUGGAUUUCAAUACCAUUUAUAUGUUGAUGAUAUUGAGAUUUACCUCUCCUCGCCUGAAUUCUCUCCUGCCCUUCUGGAACACAUCACGAAUUGCCCAUUUUCCAUCUCUCACUGGUCUUCCCUUUAUCUAAAACAUAAUCUUUCUAAAACUAGACUAAUCUUUCCCCACUCAAAUAGCCCUCCACCAUCUUUCUCCCGGCAUGUCAAUGGGACACCUAUUACACUAACUCCUCAAGCUCAUGCCAUGAAGUUACUUUUGACUCAGGUUUUACCUUUUCUCCUCACAUCCACUCUGUCUCCAAAUCCUGUAACUUCAACCAUAAAAAUAUUGCCAGCGUUCGCCAAGGCACUUAUCAUUUCCCUACUUGACUACUGCUACUCUUUGGCCUUCUGAAAAUCUGCCUUGCCCUUUUUCAGUCUGUAAUUAACUUUGCGGCCAGGCUCAUAUUCCUGACUGACAGCUACUCUUUCUUUGCUCUGCGAGUGACCUUCAUCUGACAUGUGGUCGUUUUAACAUUGCCAACUCUCAUCUGCAGUAUUUUUCAAAGGCUGCCCCAUUCCUACAGAAUUCCCUACCCGGUGCCAUUAGCUAGCUAGCUUAUUUCGACACAGGCAUCUUAUCGAUCAAUCCCUCCUACCUACUACAUGUAUCUUUACACCUUCCUCAUAGAGUGUAAGCUUGCUUGAACAGGGCAUUUUUCACCUCUGGUAUCUGUUAAUAUUUUUACAUAUAACUUCAUGCUGGUUGUGAUGUGGUGUGUGUUAGUGUGAAGAGAUUUAUGCGGUAUUGCAUGUGUGAGGAUAAUGCUUGUGGGGUUCUAUGCAACAAGGAAGGCUGCGUGUGUGUGUGUGUGUGUGUAUAGAGUGCUGUUUGUGGUGUAGUGUGUAUGUGGAUAGUGACUGGGACAUACAUGCCAAAAGGAUCUCACCUGUCGACUUCGGCCUUGGCCAUCAUGCAAAUGUCCGGUGGGCCAUGAUAACGGACGAGUUAGGUGGCCUUCUAACUUGCCUAAUAUAGAGCCAGAGAUUUUUUCCUCCUUUUUUUCCUUAAAGAUUUUACCAUUGUUUACAUUCACAAAAUAGGACAUAUGAUUAAUAUUCCACGAAAAAAAAUAUUGGUGCAAACAGAAAAUGUGACAACAUUUUGGUAUGAAAACAGACAGUUUUAUAUAACCUUUUAUUACGCCCUUUUGCAGUGGUGUUCUUAGUGUCAUGCUGCUAGUGUGCACUUUUUUUGUUAUACGGUUUACAUUAGUCCUGGGGAGUGACAUCAUGAGAUUUGUCUUUGGAAACCAUUUUCUUGAGUGGUGACAGCUUAAUAAGCGGUCUAAGCACUAGAGCAAGCGCUGAGACCUACAGCCAGUGAGCUGCCUGGGAACAUUUCCGGUGUAUAAGGCGUGGUUUGGACUCUGGUGCAGGCGCUCUGCAGUGACGCCGAAUUCCUGCGCCGUGACGUAGCUGGUGCUUCGUGCAUUCGGCUCGGAAGCUGAGGGCAGGUGAAGCUCUGUGUGUUUGCCAUGGGGAAGUCGGAUUUCCUUACUCCCAAGGCGAUCGCCAACCGCAUUAAGUCCAAAGGACUGCAGAAGCUACGAUGGUACUGCCAGAUGUGCCAGAAACAGUGCCGGGACGAGGUAAGGGCCACAUGGAUAGGGCGAGGGCCACAUGGAUAGGGCGAGGGCCACAGGGAGAGGUGGCUAUGGGAAGGAUUUCAUAGGUUGUUCUGUUGCUUUUUACGCUAAAAAAGUCUACACGUUUAUUGAUUCCCCAUUGACAUACAGUUCAGUAAUCCCCCAAAUCACUGACCAAGUUGUCAGACAUUGGCCUUAAGUUAUUGUUGGACUAAAAGUCUCAUUAUUUUUUCAAGCCUAUAGUCUGCCAACAGGAGGGCUGUAUGUAUGGCUUUAACAGCUGGAGGGUAGGAGUACAGGUUCAAACACCAGAGACUUGUUGGUUCUUAUUAGUUUGAAAUAAGAUUAAAUGUAUGGUGCUAUGUAUUCAUUUUGAUGUUUUCAUUGACCACGUGUUUUUUUUUUUUUUAAAGAAUGGCUUCAAAUGUCAUUGUAUGUCAGAGUCCCAUCAAAGACAACUGCUACUUGCUUCUGAGAACCCUGAUCAGUUUAUGGAUUAUUUUUCAGAGUAAGUGGUCUUUCUAACAAUGGAUGUAAUGUAACUGAAUUUACUAUACGGCACACAUUUAGUUUGAAAGUAGUAUUAUAUAUUAUCAAGCUAUUGGGUACUUUUAGAUUUAUAUAUAUGUAAUUGUGUGUAACUCUAAUUUUAAUGUUAAUUAUGUUUUCUUUCUCCCCCCCCCUCUUUUUUUUUUUUUUUUUUUAAAGUGAAUUUCGUACAGAAUUUUUAGAAUUGCUGAGUAGACGAUUUGGUGAGUAAAUUGGAUACUCUAAAAACAAACACAAAAUUGUAAACAAAAAUGUAUCCGUCCAUCUUUGAUAGCCUAGUCAUGUACUUAUGUGUGAUAUUACAUUUUCUUUAGAUGGCAUCAGGGUAUUCCACAGUUUUGUAAACUAGGUUGACAAGUCAAAGUUUAGAAAAUUACAAAAAAGAGUUGAUAAGGAUCCCAUUCAAAAAUGUUUGUCUGAAGGGUAUGGAUGCAAUUUGUUAAAAAUCUGGAAAGCAUGUUAAUCCUUCACCUCAGCACUCGUGUAUACAUGAUUGCCAGAUUAUGCAUUCAUACCUCGCAAUCGUGUUUUACAAAACUUGCAUAAUUGCAAGUUAAAUUUCAUUUCAAAUGAAUCUCAUUUGCAAAUUUUGCCUGAAGAAAACUAAGCUAUAUCACCCCCCACCACUACACACUCAUGUUGUCAAAUAACCCCCCCCUUUCCCCACACACUCGCCAUGUCACACCCUCCUCUCACCCUGUCACAUCACAUACGUUUCCAACACAAAUGCAGUCUCCAUGUCACAGUCACUCUCCACACUUACCCCUCACACACAGUCACAUUGCCAAAGUCACCCUUUCACACUCACUAUGUCACAGCCACUCUGCCACAGUUAUCCUUAUAAACACAGAGGCACCACAGUAACACUCACACAAUCACUCCCGCCCCACACACCACUGCCACAUUUUAAAAACAGCAAAACCACAAGCAGCGUUUCUUCCUCCUCCCCCACCCCAAACUCAUAACACAAUGCAAUCAGCUCCCUCCGCACAUAUGCUCCCAGACACCGAUACACAGUUACACAGAUUUGCAUUGCAGUCAGUCAUGGAUACACAUACAAACAUAUUUAAACUCACAGAUGCACAAGAAUACUCACUGCAAGACACACACUCUGACCCAUACACGCUACACAAUGCCAGACAUGCAUACGCCGGAACCAAUAUACUGCUAAACACACUAUGAUUGUAUCUGUCAAUGUGUGUCUGUCAUUUUGUGGCUCUGUUCAUCUAUGUGUGUGUAUGGAUAUGUGCUGUGCUCACCUGUACAUACAUACUUAUAAGAGCGCUGCUGGGGCCAAUGUAUACAACAUACAAGUUAAAGCACACUCACUCAUUCACUAAACAGCUAUUUAAAAUUUCACAGAAUGCAAUUUUUAUUUUAUUUUUAUUUUUUUUUUAAAUAAAAACACCUAACUUAUCUUAUAUACUGAAGACCAACUCAGUAGACACAUUAAAUAAGCAUACAUCUAGUGUCAUAGAGGUUCAAUCUCUAGAGUAGAUUAAAUAAAGCCAGCCUUUAGAUGCAUGCAGCUGAUGUAAUGGUAUCCUUGACACAUAAGUUAUCUCAGAAUUAAACUGUAAGUUGAAAAUUCAAUUUUUCUGUACAAAGUCAACUAUGAUUUGUCCCUUACGCACAUCUACACUUGGCCACAAUAUGACUGUUUGUUUGUUUUAUUACAGCAACUACAAAUAAGCAAUGUUUUGAUCUCUUGCCUUCUGCAUAACUUUCACAUUACUUUAGAGUUGUAUAUGAUAUAAUGUUUUAUACUCUGAGGGUAUUCAUAAAUGACCGUUGGUUGUGAACUGUAACUUGUCAUGUGGAAUAUGCACGAUUAAGGUUGUGAUUUCCACAACUUGCUUUUUUCCAUGUCUGAUUUAAUUUAUUUAAUCACACUUCAUAAGAUUCUGCUACCUUGAUGUGGAAGGUACAGCAUUCUUUUCGGAGUCUGUUAUUAAGUCCUAUAAUGUAAACAAAAAAGUGCAAGGCACUUAUCUUUAAGUAUAUUUUAUUAUUAAUGUGGAAAUAAAGCUAAAAUGAUUUUACUUGUUAUUUGAAAUAUAAAUACAAUUAUACUCUUAUUCUUUAGUGUGUUUUUUUUUUUUUUUUGCAUACAAUUCAUGUGUAAUUCUACUGCUUUUAUUGUUCUUCUUAUCAGGUACAAAGAGGGUGCACAAUAACAUUGUAUACAAUGAAUAUAUCAGCCACAGAGAGCACAUACAUAUGAAUGCCACCCAGUGGGAGACACUAACAGACUUUACAAAAUGGUUGGGCAGAGAAGGUAAUCUAUUAUCAUUUGCUGUUAUUUCAUGUUUUAAUGUAACAAACUGACUGGAAGCAUCGGAUGACUAUAAAGUAAUUUGAUUAGUAGUCUGGUUCAUCCUGUUGCAUAUGGUGGCAAAAGCAUGUUGUAUGGUAUUGUAAUGACAUAACCUGGAAUUCCCAAUUAAAGAUUUCUUGUUGCACGGAAGAAAUGUGAAGCUUAUCCCUGGUUUUGGACAAAUAUUGGAACAUCAGACACCUGCUCUGAAAGAGGGAUUGUGUUUGACCCAGGGUUUAUGAUGAGUUCUAUGAAGCGAUUUCAUGACAAGACCCUCUGGUUCUAUCUGUUUUAGGAGCCCCUACCUUCUCUGCUGCCUACAGGUUACAGAAUUAGAUCUCUGUGGAAAGAAGGAAGCACUCCUCUUUUCAAGGAGCAGGGCCACAUACCAGCUUAAAGAAACACUGUAGGCACCAUAACUGCUUACAUUUAUUAAAGUGGUUGUGGUGCCCACAGUGUCCUUUUAUUGACACACUUCAUAUGUUUUUAGGAAGGAUCCUUAGGGGACACUCUUAGAUCCCCAUAUGAUACUCUUUACAUCACUGGAUUAUUUGAGUCCAUGAUUUGGAGACUAAAAGCUAUGAUUCCAAUAAGAGAGGAUCAUGUUUUGUAUUUGUGACACACAACUAAACAAAUUUAAUAUCCAAUCUUUUCUUCCAAUUGAUCCUUUAAAAUGAAACCUCUAAUGUCCCCUUAGUUGCCUGCUAAACUGGAAAAAAAUAGAUGUACAAACAUAUUUGAUUUUACAAAUAUUUGUUUUCUAUGUUUAUAAGGGAAUAGUCUGUGUGAUGCUCAUUAGGAUUUUUUUUUUAGAUAUAAUAUCCUGUCUUUGUGUGAUCUUUACUUACUAUUUGCUUGUGAGCAAGUGGAAUAAGUAUUUCAGCUGCUGUUUAUACUGCAUUGGCACAGUAAAUGUGAAUAGGCUAACAGUAGACUUAUUUUUAAUAUUUUUGCUCACAGUAUGAUUGCAUAAAUGAGCGCUAAAAAUCAAGCAAUAUGUAGUUGUUAAAAUAUAGUUUUCCGUGCUUAUCUUUCUACCAUUAUCUGCAACUAUGAUUGAGAGUUGAUGUUGCCCCCUACUGGCAAUAAAGGAUAGUUACAUAGGCUGAAAAGAUACAUGCGUCCAUCAAGUUCAGCAUAUCUCGCCUAUGUUUGUUCUUUAAAUCUAAAAAAAAUUCAAAAUGUUCAGUUUGAAGUGCUUUACAAUUUUGCAACAAACUAGAAAAAAAUUGUCCUUUAAGACUGCAGGAUCCUUCAUAGACCGAGCCAAUUCCCUGCAGCCAUCACUGGUGACUGCUAGGGGGAUUAACACUUCUAGAUGGCAGGAGAUCCACCCAGUGUCUAAGAAAGUCAGGUGUAGAAAAAAUACAUCUGACCAAGGAGUCCCUACUUUGGCUUACGUUUUUAGUUAGAUGAGAAAUGGGGGGGAAAAAAGAGACAGUAGAAAAGAGGAAGAGGAAUCAAUUAUUAUAAUAAUAUUUUUGUAGCACCAACAAAUUCCGUAGCCCUUUACAAUGGGUGAACUAACAAACAUGUAAUUGUAACCAUGCCAGUUUGACGAACAGGAACAGAGUAGUUGAGGGCCCUGCUCAAUGAGCUUACAUGUUAGAGGGGAGAUACAUAGAUAUAGAGAUAGAUAGAUAGAUAGAUAGAUAGAGAGAUAUAUAUAUAUAUAUAUAUAUAUAUAUAAUCUCUAUCUAUCAUUUGCAUUAUGUACAAUUGUGUAUAUUUAAGCAUGGUGUGAAAUUAUAUUGUGUUAUGCAGCUUCAUGUUAAAUUUUAAAAUUUCCUUUGAAUUAUAUCAUGUUGAUAACUAUUGUGUUUUGACAUUAAAGCUGGCUAUGAAUAUGUUACUAAUUUACUAUUUUAACCCCUUAAGGACCAAACUUCUGGAAUAAAAGGGAAUCAUGACAUGUCAUGUGUCCUUAAGGGGUUAAUCCCCACAUCCUCAUGAAUAUAUCUUCCUACUCUGUAUUAGACACUAUUGGCACCCAGACCAUUCAGCUCAUUGAAGUGCUCUGGAUGCACUAUCCCAGGUCCCUUAACCUUGCAAAGGUAAUUAUUGCACUUUUUAAGAAACUGCAAUAAUUACAUUUUCAGAGUUAAUUCCUUUUUUAAUCGCCUAACUGACGCUGGGCGUCCUCACACUAGGCAUAAGAUCUUCCAGCGUCACCCGAAUCCACAUUUGAAAGCAUUGUAUAGUGCUUUCCUAUGGGAAAAUAUUAAUGCAAGUGCGACCCCUCUGCACUUGGGGGAGGAGGGUUGGGGAGCCAUAGUGCCAGAAAAUAUAUUUCUUUUCCUGGCACUAUAGUUUUCCCUUUUUAAGGAAGAACAUUUUUCCUAAUGAUUUUAGGGCACACAUGGUGAUAGAAAUAGCUUUCUGCAUUGGCGAGUUAACUGUAUACAUAGUAGUCCUUUGUUACUGCUAGUUCAGCAACCCCUGAACUACAACACACGAAGACUUGGUUGCAUAACUUUAAUUAGUUUACUUUACUUAGAUAUAUCGUAUUGCUAUAAAAGAAAUCCCAGUGCCUUAUUUUAAGUUAUUCUGCUUUAAUCCAAUAUAUACAUCUAACAUGGACUCUGAAACUGAUUGCAUGUACUCAUUCUCUGUUUUACUCUACCCAUAUUCUAUGGUUAAAUUAGGAAUAAUUGUUCAAUCUUAUUAUCUAUGCCGAAUGAUUUUUCUAGACUCCAUGCUUCAUGGUGGUUUUUAUAUAUUCAGGUUUUUGUAAAGUGGAUGAGACUCCCAAAGGCUGGUAUAUCCAGUACAUUGACAGAGACCCAGAGACAAUACGCAGACAACAGGAACUGGAGAAAAAGAAGAAGCAAGACUUGGAUGAUGAGGAAAAGACAGCUAAGUUUAUCGAGGAGCAAGUUAAAAGGGGCAUGGAAGCAAAAGCAAUAGUAAGAGUCUUACUUUGACUUUUAUUUUUAAAAGCAGAACUAUACUCCGACGUGUUAUGAUGCCCAAUCUUAUCUUCAUUUGUAAUAUCAUGUUGUCCUUUAGAAAAGUGAUGCUAAAACUACACCUUGGCUUCACAAAUGUUUUUCUGGCUUCUUGGAGAGCAGUCUCCUGCUACUGCAUGAAGAAAUGAAGAUCCAUAACUAUUAUUAGUACAUAUGGGGUGCCUGCAUAUCUAUUGAGUGAACAUCACCGCUAUAAUGCUGGCAGUCUUGGGUGAGAUGACAACUAUAUACAAAAAUGGCACAGUGUUAUACUUGUCCUUUAACACUCUUUCAGUGCUUAUUAUGGGAUUAGAUCAGGAUGGACUUGCUAUAAAUUAAAUUUUUGCUUAUGAUUAUAGUUCAUAUGGCAAAUAGUAUUUAGAUUAGUUAAUUUAACGGUGGGUAGUUUUGUGUGUGUAUGUAUGUAUGUGUAUGUAUGUAUGUGUGUGUAUAUAUAUAUAUAUAUAUAUAUAUAUAUAUAUGUGUGUGUAUAUGUAUAUCACUCUUUAUCUAUGAUAUUAAAUACACAAGGUUUCUUAAACAAACAUUUUUUUCCAAUCAUUAGUGUGUUUUCUUGGCUACAACUGUAUUAACUACUUAUUGUGCCCCCUCAAAUAGUAGAAUUAAGUAGAUUUACUUAACGUAUAUGCCCGGGCACGCCAGUCUUGCAGCAGCUGCCAGCCCUCUUCUGGCUAAGAUCACAAUGACAGAUGAUAUUGUUAUCAGCUAAUCCAAUAUUUCACCGUAGGGAAGCAUUGGUGGACCAAUGCACAUUGCUAUCAGCAUCUCUUCAUAGAGAUGCAUUGACUCAAUCAAUGGGAUGUGUUUGGCAUUUUCAUGCUUGAUUGACUACCACUAGAGGUGAGCUUAGAAAGCACUGUUAACACUACCUUGUCUCAGAAAAGGCAGUGUUUGCAUUUCUGAGGCUGCAUGCAAAGUCUUUUUUUCUCUUUAAAAUAUUUUAUAAAACACAAGAUCCAGCGCACUCACCUAUCCACUAAACAGCAACUUCAAUGUUGAAAGAUUUUAUUAGUUUUUUUAAAAACACCUAAUCUAGGCAAAAAUAAUGGGGGUUUAGUUACAUUAUAUGAUCAUACAUUGCAUAAGCCUGCCACAACGUCAAUGUACCCCAUCUUUGGCAGGUCCUACACUAACAGCCUAAUGUCUGCUCUUAUGAGAUUAACCACUUACUUGAGGAAAAAAAUUCCAUCUGGGGCUCUCUGCAGUACAAGGCUAAAUAGGGCCCUGGGAUGAGGCACCUGUGACAGGGAGGGGUGCAAAACCAAGGAGUUGGCUAGACUCCCAAAUAUAUACAUAUGAAACAAGGGGGGGGUAUUUUUAUAUAUUAUAUUAAUAUUUUAUAGUCUAUAUAAUUUGUUAUCAAUAAGAAAGUGUAAUUGUACCCUUUCAUGUAUUUUGUCUCGAUGGAUCCAUGACGGUUGAGCAGAUGAAUCCUUGUAACUGUAUUCUAUAUUUACAAUUCAUAGGAGACACCGGUUUUUACAGAAUUAAGCAGAGAAAGUGAGGAAGAGAAAGGUAUGUUGAUCUACUGUUUCAGUGAGUACUACAUUAUUUGCAGGGACCCUUUCUCUUCUUUUGCCAUGUUUUGCUGAUAUAUAUAUAUAUUUUUUUUUUUCCUUUCCAGUUACUUUUAAUUUGAACAAAGGUGCAAGUACUUCUGGAGCAGCUGUAGCAGGAAGGUAAGGUAUUUAAAAUGUGUGCUGAAAUGAUUUUAACCGUUUCAAAAAUGCCUUUACACUUUUCAGUGUGGGGAUUUAGUACAUUAUUUUUCAAACCAUUUCAAUAUUUUAUUUACCAUUUCAAAAAUAUGACUUUUCUACAUUUUAAAGAGGCUGGCAGUGCCAAUUAGUUGACUUUGUUUCCAAGCUGUAAUAAUUUAUCUCAAUGCUAUGUAGAUGUAUUACAUUUCAUUAAAAAUAUGUCAAUCCAGAGUAAAUGUUAUCAUUUAAAGUCUAAAGUCAUGUUGAUCUGAUCGAUUAGGUUUUCGUAAGAUUUCUCUACUAAUGCUUUGGAUUCUAACUUGGCAUUACAAAAUAUCCAAGCAGUGAGAAUGCAGUACAGUGUCUCUGUGGCAGCUGGCAUUUUAUAAAAAAAACUAGAUGCAAAUAUUAUGAAGGACAGCAACUGUUUCUGACCGACUGUAAUAUGCACAUGGUUAUUCAAUUGAUGUAUGUUUGUCUAAAUAAUACUUAUACAAAUAAUUUUCCCUGUUUUUUCUUUAGUUCCCUCUCGAACAAUGCUCUGAAAUCGGUUACAGUAGCAGUAAAAAGAAAAGACACUUCUCAGAGCCAAGUCAAGGAGAAGAAGAAAAAAUGUGCUCUUGAUGAGAUCAUGGAGGUGAGCUUUAAAAUACAGUAGAGUUGAUUUACAGAAUAAUAAAUCUACAUGAACAGUUUGUUGUGAUUAGGACAUCAGCCUUGCAAGCUACAGACCUAUUUAGCAAAGGUGGGUAAAAUAAAUUCUAGGUCAUUCUUCAAGUGCAUCUGUUAUCCGAAUGUGUCAAUACAUCACUGCAUUGGUAAUAGACAUGUAUUUAUAUUGGCUUAUAACGUUGAGAUCUAGAAAGAAGCUUGCAAUGAGUGUGCUACUCCAAUGUCCAGUACAACAUCUCAGAAUGCUUCGAGCAAGGCUGCAUGCUGGCCACUGAGAUGGCAAAUUUUGGAGAUUUGUAAAUGUGUUAUGAAAAAUGUUUAAUUUUAGUUUGUAAUCUGGUUACAAUUAUUAAAUUGUUCUAAAUAUUGUCUAAAAUGUAAUUAGCAGUGCCUGUCUGCUAGGUAGCGUCUUAAUUCCUAUGGAAGCAGUAAGGUUAGUUAGUUUUUCACACAUGGUCUCUCCAUUUUGGCUUUAUUUUUGUUAUCUAUAUCAUGACAUGAUGUAAUAUGUCAUGUGUUGUUGUAUUGACCUAAUUUUAAGAUAUGCUAGGAACAGAUGAUUGUUAUGAUUUCCUGAUAUGUAAAACCAUAGAAUUCAAAGAGGUUAUAUUUUCUUUUUCCCCAUGACUGUAAACAUCAAAAAAGUUCAAAUCAAUCUUUUUAAUGUUUUUAAAUUUUCAAUACUUACUUUAAUAGUCUUUCAAAGUAGACUCUUUCAUCUUUUCCUGUAGUGAUUAAAAUCUGUAUGAGACAAUAUUCUUUAUUUUAAGAGUGGCAUUCUGCCAUACAGGGAAGAAAACAAAAAGGUCUUAGAACAUCUCAAAAUAUAGCAGAACAUUUCUAGCAUGUAGUAAUGGUUAUACAAAAAAAGCCAUUAUAGCAUGCUCAUGUAAGAGAUAAUAUAAAUGUAAAUGUAUUUUGUAGAUGGAGGAGCAAAAGAAAAAAACAGAACGGACAGAUAACUGGUUACUUCCGGUGAGUACUAGGCGCUGUUACUGAAUAUACAAUUUAAUCUGCUGUAUAGUACAUAUUAUGUGCAGCCAGCACACAACAAACAAAUUUACACACUGACAGCACACAGACAUACAUAAUUGUGGUGGACAGAGAGAGAGACUGUGGGGGAGGCAGGGGGUCUGACAUGUCAGCUUGCUGACAUGCUUUAUGUGUAAAGGGUAUGAGGUCAACAUUUUCAUUUUACAAAAUAGUACAGAUUUCACCAGAAAUUGUCACGUUUAUAAAUUAACCUAGAUACACCUCCCUUAUCAGACAGCCAGCCCUGUUACUUUCUGGUUUGGUUAGAUCAGUGGAGAUAAACUCAGGAGGCAGCAAUUGCUCAGUGAACCUGCCUUGCAUAGACUUCUCAGUGAGCUGUAUUGGGAAGUGAUUGAACAGCCAUUGAAAGCUAUUUGUACAUAUAAAUACACAAAAAUAAGUCCUGCGCUCAAACUCCCACUACUCUUGGGCAACAGCAAUGACCAUAGUACACAUCUGCCCCAGUACAUACAGUACAGUUGUAGGAGUUUCAGCACAGGACUUAUUUUUGUGUAUUUGUAUUCACUUUUUUAUCACACAGCUACGUUACAAUGCUGCCGCCCAUCCCAUGUGUUCCCUAUUAAGGGUUAAUAAGUAUAUAGGGAUUUAGAAAAAUCUCUUUAGAGAUUUCUUUUCCUGAAGCUCAGGGAAGCAAGGUGAAUAGUCAGUGUAGAACUCAGCAAGAUGUUUAAAUUGACGUUGCAGGUGGACAUCUAUUUGAGUUACUAAAUAACCUAAUAUAUACUUUCUUCUAGUCAUACCAGUUUACAGGCUGACAUCUGACACUCUUUUAUUUACUCAUGCUACCUAUUGCUGCUCAGACUAAUGCUUCCACGUUAUCCCAAGCAGAAUAGGGUUAUCGGAUGCUGAGGACAUUCUUUUAGCAUUGAAUAAUUUUUAACUCUGAAUUGAAGGACUGUACCAGGUGACUCCAGGCAUUAUAACCACUUGAAUGAGAUGUAGCAGAUACAGUGCCUACAGUAUCUCUUUAAGAGUGAUAUGGUCCCUGACACCUGCAGAUUAGUCAGUUGAGUGGUUAUGGUGCUUACAGUGUGCCUUUUAAUAGCUCUGGUCAAUUCUCAUUGUUGAUUAAGGUGUUUGUUUUUCUGUCAGACACAAUUUUUACCUUGCAAUUUUAAUCUAUGAAAUGUCAUCUAGGUUUUUCUAUUUUUAUUAUUCUUGUUUAUAAGCACCAAAUUACUCCUCAGUGCUUCUCAAUACAUCCUGAUUAUUGUUUUGAUUGUGUGGCGGGCAGACCAACUUGAUGUUGGUUUAAGAAGUUAUUUUGUAACGUUUAUGUUUUGUUUUAUCUUGUAGGAUAUUAUUGUGAAAAUUAUAACAAGGAGGUUGGGAGAAAAGUAUUACAAGAAAAAGGCUUUAAUAAAGGUACUUCCAAGAAAGAGAUGCAUAACUGGAGUGUAAAGAUGUUUAUAAAUUUUAAUCUACAAAUAAGAGAAACAUAGCAUCUAUCUUAUUUUUUACUAAGAUAUCUUUAACCUAGAGAUUUUGUGGAAAGUUUUUAAAUCAAUAAAGGGCACCAGGUAAAGUCUUCAUACUUGCAUAAUUGGUUGUAACGGUCUCUAUAAGCACUGCUGACCCUUGUGGGGUUAACACAUUAAUGAUAGAGUAUCCAUCCUAGUAAUUCUGUUCUUAAAACAUUAAUAAAUAGCUCCCAAACUUUGCCUUUAGAGAAUUCAAAGAUCAGUGAUGGCAUAGAGAUUAUUAUAUCCACUGUUGAGAAGGAAGAAGUGACUCUUCAUGUUGUGUGUGUGUGUUUUUUUUUUUUUUUUGAGCAUUCUAUCGUGCUAAAUAUAUCUCCACUUACUAUAGUAAUACUUUAUUUCAUCAAAAUACUUUAUUUCCAGUCAGUGGAAACAUUUAUUUAUUUUAAACAAUUCAAAGUAUAUAUCAUUUAAAAAAAAUAAAAAAUAAAAAUUUUCAUGACAUGUCUAUUGGAGUAAAACAAAUGUAAGCUGCAUUUUUUUUAGAAAACAUUUUUAAAAGUGUUUUGCGACACUUACUUAGCUCACCUUUUUAAAGUAUCAAAUAUAAUACUUGCAUGUUGGAAAAUGUGCAUCUAGUGCAGAUACAUUGCACAAACAAAGAACUAAAUGAGAUUGCACAAUAACUAUUUAAAGAAACACUAGCGACGUAUAAAGCGCUUCAGCUUAAAUUUUAAUAUUUCAGGGUUUUUUUUUAACCAUCUUGAAAAUGAGGCUAAAGAGAAUAGCUUUGCAAUUCCCACUCUGUUGUUGUUAUGGUGUUCUUCACUCCAAUUUGUAGUAAAUCGAAACAAAUUGUAAUAUGGUUAACUUGGCAAAAUUCUCAGACUCUGCUCAAGUUAGAGCGUGAUAAUUUUUGCCUUUCAUAAUUCAAAUUGCCACAACUCAGAGUUUACAGUAUAAACUACAAAGCAUUCUUUGCAUACUUCAUGUGUAUUUGUGCAUUUUUUUAAUAAAAUGAUAUUCAUUUUAUACAAAGGGGAAGUCUCAUUCAUUCUGUAAGGAAAACGCUCUCUAACAAAACAAGUGAUACAGAAACAGAGGGAUAAGUAAAGGUAGAGGAAAAACUGUUUUGUUCUGACAUAUUUUCUAUUUCAAAAAUCUAAUGUUGGUGUGUAUAUAUAGGGUGUCUGAUGUCCGUUUAAUUUAGUACCCCUUGUGAUUGUGCAAACAUUUUGCAAUCCCUGUUUUUAUUUCUAAUGCUAAUUGUUUUGGUCUCCUUGCUUUUAUGAGGGUUUUACUGAGAAUACCAGAAUUGUUUUAUUCUUUCAUUUGCAGGAAGUGAUUAACAAAUAUACAGCAAUUGUGAAGCUUAUUGAUUCAGGGGAUAAACUAAAGCUGGAUCAGACCCACCUAGAAACCGUUAUCCCAGCGCCAGGUAAAUCUAUAUUCUAGCUACCAUUUGUCACUUCUUGAGGUUAUCUACACUGUAUGAAUUAGUAGUGUUUGUCCAUCAAUAAUUCUUAAAGGCAUAAUUUCAAUCUCAAGUGAAGGUGGUAGUUAAUAUAACAGAUACUUCAUAUUAAUUGUAACUUUGUGAUUAUCUAAUCUAUAUCUCAUUACCAUAUGUGUGUCAAUAUUUUUUUUUUUUUUCCAGGUGUACAUAUUUAUAUUUUAUUUUCUAAAUGAUAGAGAUCCUGAUCAAGAGAGUUAUUUUGCUCCUAAAGUGGAAUUUUGUUUUGCCCUUACUUCUAAAACAAUGGUGAUAGAGACCAUUUUAAGCACACUUUUUAAAAUUUGGUAUAUCAUGUGCAAAAGUAAUAACUGCUGUCGUUGGCAAUGUUUUUUCUUUUGAACCAAAGCUCUUAAAUUAUCUACAGUAGACAUUGCCACAGGUAGAUGCCCAGGUGUUGUAACUAUGACUCACAUAAUGCCUGGCCAGUUUUAAGACUUUGAGGAUAUGAACAUUUUAGGACUUCAUCCAUCUGAUGAUCUACCUUGGAUGGGCCUGUGACUUCUAAAUUGUGAUGCCUGUGUUCUCUGUGGCCUCUGGGUAUUGAAGGCAUGAAAUUCCGCAAAAUAGACUUACAGGUUGCAUCCUGGUAUUUGGAGUUCAGUCACGACAAAAGCUAUAUAUCUGUAUGAGACUAGGUGACAGAAAUACUGCUCAGCUUUAAUAGUUUGUUGGCUAAGAAAGUGGAAUUUUGUUUUGCUCUUCCCUAGCCAGUGGCUAGAACCAGUUUAUAUGUUAGAUAUGUCAUAUGGUACUGCUGACACAUUUUUUUUCUACUGUUCUGUAAACUGAAUUUUAAUCACACACAGGAGGCUCCUGCAUGGUCUAGCAGGCUAUUAGAGCACAUGAGAAAUUCUAAAUUAAACACUGCGCAAUAAAGGUAAUUUAAGCAUUGGAUAUCUUUACAAAACGUGUUUAGAAAGACUGUGUAAAUUGCAUGCAGGGCGUUGUGACGAAAAACAAAAAGGGAUUUAACGCUUUUUUUUUUUUUUUUUUCCAGGAAAGAGAGUUAUUGUUUUAAAUGGAGGCUACAAAGGCAAUUUUGGAAUCAUGGAUUCUAUAGAUGAGAAAAGCUUUUCUGCUACGAUUGUAAUUGACUCUGUAAGUAGCUAACCUUGGAGAUUUCACUAUCGAUCUAGCCCACAUAUGUCUAUAUGUAACUAAAAAUACACAUCCUUGUUUAUAAACUCUGAAACACAUUUUGUUAAAGUAACACUUCAUGCACUGUAACUACUAUUUUGCCUGGCGCCUCCAAUUGUAAAGACUCAAACCAUUUUUGAACGGUUUGACUUUUUACUUGGUGUUUGCACCUCUCCGCCUCCAUUACCAUUUCGAGAGCUGAAAGUUACUCAGGUCAGAAGAGCUAACUGAGAAGUUUCUGCUAUGUCUUACAAUGAGGAGCUUAGCUCAUUGGCAGAGAGCAUGGACUGACUCUCACAAGAGCUAAUGGAAGCUCCUGCUCAAGUAUCAUUCAAAAUGUUCAUUAAAGGAAACUCCAGCUCAAUCCAGAGCUCAGUCGCACUGUCACGGUCAGAAUUAUACUGUAAUUUUUGAAAAGUUUGAUUUCUUACCUGGAUACCCUAACUCCCCUACCUAAGCAGGAACUUCAAUUAGCUCUUGUAAGGGUCAGUCCAUGCUCUCCGCCAAUGAGCUAAGCUCUGUGUUGUAAGACAUAGCAGAAACGUCUCGGUUUUAUUUGAUUUUUUUAUUUUUUUUCCUUGCAGGGUCCCUUAAAAGGUCGAAAGUUGGAUGGUAUCCCAUAUGAAGACAUUACGAAGGUUCCAUAAUUGCUGGAAAUGUCUGUUCGAAACAAACUCUACUGUGUCAGGGUUUCAUGUAUAUUGUAUAUACUUUACCUGGCUAAAAUAAUGAAAGAGCUGCUACUUGUAAAUAUUGGAAUUUCUAAAUCUUUCUACAAUAUGUUUAUACUUUUUAUAAAUGGAUUGGUUUUCAGUCAACUUGUGUUUGGCAUGUUAUUAAAUAAAAGCAAAUGAUUAUUUUUCAUAA